CACACUGGCAACAUUAAGCUUACUUCCUGAUAACUUUAGCAUAUUUCAAAAAAUAUCUUUCCAAAUAUUUGUUGUAUCUCCUGUAUCUUUAUAAAGACGCUGUUAAUGUCAGAGGAAGCUUAUUAAUAUUCGUGGUGACUUUGAAAUGAAAGACUGUUGGAAAAAGUGAGGACGUGAGUGCCACGCCACGUCCACCAGGUGAAGGACCGUUGCAUCAACCCUCUUAUCACAAUUAAAUUUUGACCAGUGUACAAAGCACUGCACAAACACUGCCUAUACAUUAGAGAUCUGUGCUGUCAGAAAGGCAAAAUGACUGCAUCAAACUGGGGUCUGAUUAUGAACGUUGUAAACAGCAUUGUGGGUGUGAGUGUUCUGACGAUGCCCUUCUGCUUCAAACAGUGUGGAAUUGUGUUGGGUACUUUGUUGCUGUUCUUCUGUUCAUGGAUGACCCACCAGUCCUGCAUGUUCCUGGUCCACUCGGCCAGUAACACCAAACGCAGGACUUAUGCUGGACUGGCUUUUCAUGCUUAUGGAAAACCAGGCAAGGCACUUGUGGAAUUGAGCAUGAUUGGCCUGAUGCUAGGGACAUGUAUUGCUUUCUAUGUCGUCAUUGCUGAUCUGGGGUCCAACUUCUUUGCCCAACUCCUUGGGCUGCAGGUGACGUGGAGCUUCCGUAUCGUGUUAUUGAUCGCGGUGUCGCUUUUUAUCGUGCUGCCCCUCAGCUUGCAGAGAAACAUGAUGUCAUCCAUUCAGUCCUUCUCAGCCAUGGCACUGAUCUUCUACACACUGUUCAUGUUCACGAUGGUGCUCUCCUCCUUCAAACAUGGCCUCCUCACUGGCCAGUGGCUGGACAAGGUCAUUUACGUUCGGUGGGACGGCGUCUUUCGCUGCAUCCCUAUCUGUGGCAUGGCAUUUGCCUGUCAAUCGCAAGUAUUACCCACUUACGACAGCCUGGAUGAGCCUUCGGUGAAGAGAAUGAGCACAAUAUUUACCUCCUCACUCAAUGUGGUCACCACCUUCUACAUCACAGUGGGGUUCUUUGGUUAUGUGAGCUUCACUGAUAACAUCGCUGGAAACGUACUGAUGAACUUCCCAUCCAACCUGGUGACGGAGAUGAUCCGUGUUGGCUUCAUGAUGUCUGUGGCUUUGGGCUUCCCCUUGAUGAUCCUGCCCUGCAGACAGGCCAUCAACACCAUGCUAUUUGAGCAGCAGCAAAAGGAUGGCACCUUUGCUGCAGGUGGAUAUAUGCCACCCCUUCGCUUUAAGAGCAUCACUCUUUGCAUCGUCUUUGGCACCAUGCUAGGUGGUAUCCUUAUUCCUAACGUGGAGACCAUUCUGGGUCUGACUGGUGCUACAAUGGGUAGUCUGAUCUGCUUCAUCUGCCCAGCUCUCAUUUACAAGAAGCUCAUGAAGAACGCAUGGACUGCGCAGCUGGUUCUGUGGGUUGGUCUCGGGAUCCUGCUUAUUAGUACCUUCACCACACUGUCCAUUUCCUCCAAUGAACCGCAGAAAUUCAAACGCCCUCUGGUCGUCCCCCCAAAAGCUGAGGACAAACUUCCCAUCCUCGUCGCCCCUGAGAUGCCCAAUGAUCCUGUGCAAAAGAAUAGAGUGGAGCCUGAUCCAAUAGAGAUACCAGACAAGCCAAAGCCCCCAAUAGAGGUCGAACAGCCAGUGGAGAAGUUACCAGCAGAGCCACCUCAGAUUAAAGUACCUGUGGAAGUGGAUGAGCAAAAAAAUAAGAAGGAAGAGGUUCAGCUGCACCGCCCUGAAGCAGGAGUAGCGGUCCCAGAUGUGGAAGCACACCGCCAUGAGCCGCCCAACCCUCAUGACAAAGUUCAGAUAGAUGAGAUAAAAAACCAGCAAGAGCUAGAAGAAGAGAAACUACCUGCCGUUCAGGAGGAAGACAAGAAGCAACCUCCCAGAGGGGAGGAGGAGCUUCUUGCUGAGCAGGGGGCGGGGCAAGCACAAGAGGUGGAGCAAGAAGCUAUAAAACAGGGGCAGCUCCCUGUUCUUGUUCCAAAGGAACAGAAAGUUGAGGUGAAAAAGGUUGUGGAUCAGGGCCAGUCUGCAGCUAGUAAAGUUUUGAAGAAGGUAGAGAAACAAGAGAAUCAGAAGAAGGUUGAGCCGCUGGUAGUGGUUGUCCAUAAAGAACCAGAAAACCUGCCUGUAGUGAGAAAUAAUUCUCAGAAUGAAGCUGUGCGAGAGAUGAAGCCUGAUGACAUGGACAAAGCACCUGAACCCCAAGUUGAGAAAUCAAUGGAGCGGGUUCCUGUGCAAGAGAAGGUUCCAGAUGCGGUUAAGGAUGGAGAUGGAGACAAGAUGGAAGUGAUUAAAAAGAUUGUCGCAGAGGGUCAGUUGGACCAUGCUGUGCUGCUACAGGUAAUUAAGGAGCAGCAACAACAGCAGAAAAGGCUUCUGGACCAGCAGGAGAAACUCCUGGCUGUGAUUGAGGAACAGCACAAGGAGAUCCACCAAAAAAAAGAAGGAGAAGAAGAACCAAAGGCAGCAGAACAGCAGAUAAGGCAAGUGGACCAGGAGGAGAAACAAGUGCCUGUGAUUGAGGAGCACAAGGAGGUUCAUCAAAUAAAGGAAGGAGAAGAACAAAAGGCAGCAGGAGAGGGUGCAGGUGAGGUGGAGAACAUUAUGCAGAGGCAGUUGGGGAUGGAGGAAGCAGUAAUACCUAAAGUUGCCGUAGUUGCUCCAGAACAAUUUCAGCAAUUCCAGGGAGAGCAUGUAGCUGCAGCUGUUGCAGGGCCUGAGGAACCUGUUCCAAAAGAACCUGUAGUGGCUCCAGCUGCAGUCGCAGAUCCCCAUAACGGCAUUGAAUCCGUGCAAAAUGGAGGUGUUGCAGUUCCUAAACAGGAGCUGGAAUCGAAAAACCAAGAAGGCCUUAACGUGCCAGUGCCUGCAGAUAAUGCAGUGGAUAAGGAGCUCGGUGCCCGAGGUGUUCCGCUGCGCCUACGUGAGCCAGGGCAACCCAAAAUCAAUCCCGACACUCUCGCGGAGGAGGAGGAAAGGGUACGACUGAAAUUAGCCCAAAUGGAAGCAGAGAAGGAGCGGAUCGAGAAAGAUAGGUUGGAGGAGGAGACGAUUGAGAAAGAGGUUCAGGCCCGGGUGGAAAAAGAGCGCAAAGAGAGGGAAAGACGUGAGGAACUGGCACGCGAGCAAGAGCUGAACCGUGUUCAACAAGAAAAGGAGCGACUAGAGAAGGAAAGACUUGAAGCCGAGAGGUUAAAAGAGGUGAGAGAGAAGACCAGGAAGGAGAACAUGGAGCGUGCUGAGAAGGAGAAAAGUUUGCUCGAGCAUAAGGAAAAGUUAGACCAGCUACAGCAGGUCAUUGAUGUCAAGAAAGACAGUGAGAAGGAUGAUGACGCACCCCCCAAAGCUGAACUCCAACACAAGCCUAAGAAACAAGGAGGCAGGGACUUGAAAGAGAACAUUAACCCAUCGAAGGAGCACAAGCCAAAGGAGAAGAGGAUCAGAGAGGAUGGAGGGAUGGAUCUUAGGAGGAGGCGCAGAGCGGUGGACCCUGAAGGUGGAGGAGGUGCUGAUCUGGAUCUUCUACGGGACUUCGGAGGUUCAGACUUACACACUGCCCUUGAGGAACAUCUACUGGCUGGAGCUCUCGUGCACUCACGCCAGCUUAAACAGACACUCCAGAGUAAGGAGAAUGAUGAGUAGGUUCCUCCAGAAGGAUAAUCUUUCAUCUGGCCUGUGCUAAUUCAUGGUUGACAUGGUACCCAGUCUUCUAAAUCUUGAAGCCUGUCACCAUACUUUUAAAAUGGACAUGCAAACAUGCAUGCUCAAAUAAAUAGGAAGUGACUCGUCUGUGAGAAGUUAUCUCUGAGAAAAGAGAAUGCAUCUCUUUCUUCCUCUUUGUACAAAUAAAUGUGUUUAUCAAAGACAUGAAAUUAUUUCAUAAGGGUUUGUUGUGAUAAUGGGCUUUGCUUUGAUCCUUUAGUGUUACACAGGUACUACUGAAUACAUAGUUUUGUGUGAGGUUUAGCUAAAUCUUGUGCAAUAAACGAAAUGUCUAAUGUAAUAAACUAAACAGGCAUCACAUACAAAAAUUGGCCUUGAUGGGCACACCGGGACAUUUCAGAAUAUUUAGUUUUGGACCAUUGCAUUGGAAAAAAAAUCACAUGUACUCCCCACUGGAUGUGAUAAUGUUGUACAAUUUAAAGUUGUAACAUGUAAAGUUGUUAUUGUAUGUGUUUAAGUUUUACAGCCUGUAAAUUAAAAUAGAAACCUGAUAGUUUGCACAACUAUACAAUUAAUGUGAGACAUGGUUUAAAAAAAAUAAGCUUUAGUAAUUUGAAUGACCUGUUUCGGCCAUCUAGAAACUCACACCGUUAAAGGGAUAUUUCACCCAAAAAUGAAAAUUGUCUCAUCAUUUACUCACCCUCAUGCCAUCCCAGAUGUGCAUGCAUUUUUUAAUUCUGCAGAACACAAAGAUUUUUAGAAGAACUUAAUGGUGACCAAAGCUUAAAGGGCAGCAUAAAAGUAUUCCACACGACUCCAGUGGGGAAAGCCAUGUCUUCUGAAGCAAUAUAAUAGGUGUGGGUGAGAAACAGAUCAAUAUUUAUGUCCUUUUUUACUAUAAAUCUCCACUUUCACUUCUUUUGUUUUUGCCGAUUCACAUUCUUCACUUAUUGCACCUACUGGAAGGGAUAGAGAAUUUAUUGUAAAAAAAGUCUUAAAUAUUGAUCUAUUUCACACCCAAAGGGAUUGCAUCACUUCAGAAAACAAAUAUUAAACAACUGGAGCCAUAUGGAUUACUUUUAUGCUGCUUUUAUGUGCUUUUUGGAGCUUGAAAGUUCUGGCCACCAUUUACUUGCAUUGUAUGGACCUAAAGAGCUGAAAUAUUCUUCAAAAAAAUCUAGGAUUGUAUUCAGCAGAAGAAAGACAGUCAUACACAUCUGUGAGUAAAUGAUGAGAGAAUUUUAAUUUUUGAGUGAACUUUCCCUUUAACUGUUCUUUAUUUAUUUCUGUCUGCCAUUAUUUAUAAUAAAAAUGGAGUGUAAAUGUUACCUUACCUUAAUGUUAAGCAAAUGUCAUGAUUUGAGAUUUCUCCUAUUACUGUAAGUUAAGGCAUAACCAGUGUUUUUCGCAGACUUUUGUAUUUCAGAGUAUUCUGACACUUUAAAAUUGAAUUGAAAAACGUGGAUUUAUGGUUUAAAUAUUAUGAUACAUCCAGAGAAUUUUAACAAUGAUUCUUUCAUUGUUUUGAGAAAAGGCUUUAAAUAUGUAAUGGUUUCCUCUUUUUUUUCUAUUUUAUUUUUCUAAUUUAAUUUCUUUUAUGCCCUUUUGAAAGAGUUUCCACAUUUUCCCUCAAAAUAUACAGAUAACACACUAAGUUAUCAAACCAACUUUGAAUGAUUGUCUUUGAAUACAAGAUGUUUUUACUGAUGAUAAAUAUGUGAUCUGCUUUCUUUUCAAUAUCUCUAGCUUGUCUGUGACCCUGUAUUGUCACUUCAAGAAAGUACUCUCUUUGAGUGAAAUUGGACCAUAUACAUGUUUUCUUUUAGUGCUGAACAUACCAAUUCCAGUCAAAUUCCUUGUUUUCACUGUUCGUUUGAGUAUCUAUAUAAGGACUGAGAUUGCAUCUGUUGUUCUACAUUCCUUAUUCUUCCCUAUGAAGAUUUCAUUCUGGUGGGUGCUUUUUGUUUUAAUGUUGUGUAGUGAUGAGACCUGUAACACCCAUACUGUGUGUGGAUUUUGUCUGUUUUCCAAUCUGUGCAUUUUUUAUACAUUACCUUGCUACUUAAACUAGCCAGGUACAUACAUUUCCUGAUCUCACAUUUUGGGAUCUUUCUUUUGCUAUUUAAAAAAAUUAAACAAAAUCUUGUUUGAGGUCAUAAGACCUUUAUGCAAUACAGCCAUCUCAGUGGUUAGUAUAAAGUGGUUCACAUACCCAUACAGUUGUUUAAGUUCCAAAGGAUGUGUAGAAAAUCAAAGUUACAUUUUGAAAAUUGCAGAGGAUGAUGACCUAUAUCUUAAGAACUGUUUGACCUAAACACAUAUAUUUUUGUUAAGUACCUUUUGCUCUGUAUGUGGGUUAAAUUAAUAAAACAAUUAUGUAUAUGUA